AUGAGCGGCCUGAUAUGUCUCCCUCCGGCGCUCUUUGAGCUGCCCUGUCUGCUGGCGUUGGACGUGCGGAGGUGUGGUUCGCUAAGUGGGGUGCUAGGGGAUUCUUUUGGUCCAUUCCUCGGCUGUCUGUUCUCUCUGACGCAGUUGAAGCUGCUGGAAAUGUACAAACUUGAACUUCUCCCUGACUCCAUCUCCCAACUCUCGCAGCUGCAAAGGCUCAAGAUUGAUGCGGCCUACCAUCUGAAAGCACUGCCCGAGACCCUUGGGGGGCUUGCAGGGCUGCAUACCUUGCAGCUGGUUAGCCUCAUCUCGAUGCGGCAGCUGCCCGAGUCUCUCGGGCAGCUGAAGAUGCUCGAGACGCUGGAGAUUAUCGAUUACAAGAGAGAGGAGGAUGAAGGAGAGGAGGGCGAGGGGGAGGAGGAAGAGGAGGGUGGGGAUGCGGAAGAGGAAGAGGGGGAGGAGGGAGGCGAUGUGGCUGGGGAAAGAGAAGAGGCGGGCGGGGAGGCACCAGAGGACGAGGAGAGUGGGGCUGAAGAUGAUGAUAUUGAGCAUGAGUAUGCCGUGGACAGUGACUAUGAUGACGACAUUGGCAGACGCUGGGGGGGUAGUGAUGAUGAUGACUAG